CCGGCCGCCGCGGGAGGAGCCGCCGCCGCCGCCAGCGCGGCCCGCGGAGCUGAGGCGCCGAGGCGGGAGCGGCGAGCGCGGCCGCCGGCGUGCCUGGGAGAUGUGCCCGGAGGAGGGCGGCGCGGCCGGGCUGGGCGAGCUCCGCUCCUGGUGGGAAGUCCCGGCCAUCGCGCACUUCUGCUCGCUCUUCCGCACGGCUUUUCGCCUGCCGGACUUCGAGAUCGAGGAGUUAGAAGCAGCUCUUCACCGAGAUGAUGUGGAGUUUAUCAGUGACCUGAUUGCCUGCUUGCUUCAGGGCUGCUAUCAACGAAGGGAUAUCACGCCUCAGACAUUCCACAGCUACCUGGAAGACAUUAUCAACUACCGCUGGGAGCUUGAAGAAGGGAAACCCAACCCUCUACGAGAAGCCAGUUUCCAGGACCUGCCUCUUCGUACCCGUGUGGAGAUUCUUCAUCGUCUCUGUGAUUACCGGCUAGAUGCAGAUGAUGUCUUCGAUCUUCUCAAGGGUCUGGAUGCAGAUAGUCUCCGUGUUGAGCCGUUGGGUGAAGAUAACUCAGGAGCACUCUACUGGUAUUUCUAUGGCACGCGAAUGUAUAAGGAGGACCCUAUACAAGGAAAAUCCAAUGGGGAACUGUCUUUGAACAGGGAAAGUGAAGGACAAAAAAAUGUCUCAGGAGUUCCUGGGAAAACAGGAAAAAGAAGAGGAAGACCACCAAAACGAAAGAAACUACAGGAAGAAAUUAUAGUGAGUGAAAAGCAGGAAGAAAACUCCUUAGCAUCUGAGCCACAGACAAGAAAUGGGUCCCAAGGGCCAGGUCAGGGCACUUGGUGGCUCCUUUGUCAAACGGAAGAAGAAUGGAAACGGGUCACUGAGAGUUUUCGGGAGAGGACUUCCCUUCGAGAACGGCAACUGUAUAAGCUGCUUAGUGAGGACUUUCUACCUGAAAUCUGCAACAUGAUUGCCCAGAAGGAGACCCCUGUGCUUACCAGAAUAGAAAAACAGAAACGCAAAGAGGAGGAGGAAGAACGUCAAAUUCUUCUAGCAGUGCAAAAGAAGGAACAGGAACAGAUGCUAAAGGAGGAGAGGAAGCGAGAGCUGGAGGAAAAAGUCAAAGCAGUAGAAGAUCGAGCCAAGAGGAGAAAACUCAGGGAAGAAAGGGCAUGGCUACUUUCUCAGGGGAAGGAGCUCCCUCCAGAACUUUCCCAUCUAGACCCUAAUUCCCCCAUGAGGGAAGAAAGAAAGCCUAAAGACCUCUUCGAGUUGGAUGACGAUUUCACUGCCAUGUAUAAAGUUCUAGAUGUGGUGAAGGCUCACAAGGAUUCCUGGCCGUUUUUGGAACCUGUGGAUGAAUCUUAUGCCCCUAACUAUUAUCAGAUUAUUAAGGUCCCCAUGGAUAUUUCAAGUAUGGAGAAGAAACUGAAUGGAGGUUUAUACUGUACCAAGGAGGAAUUUGUUAAUGACAUGAAGACUAUGUUCAGAAAUUGUCGAAAAUAUAAUGGUGAAAGUAGUGAAUAUACCAAGAUGUCUGAUAAUUUAGAAAGGUGUUUCCAUCGAGCUAUGAUGAAGCAUUUUCCUGGUGAAGAUGGAGACACAGAUGAAGAAUUUUGGGUCAGAGAAGACGAAAAGCGGGAGAAGAGACGGAACCGUGCCGGGCGUAGUGGUGGAACUCAGGUUUGGACCCGCUCUAAGGACUCUGAAGGGCCAAGCAGGAAACAGCAGCCUGUGGAGAAUGGAGGGAAAUCUUUGCCACCUGCACGCCGAGCGUCCUCUUCUGGGGAUGAUCAGAGUGGCACUUGGACCCAGCUCCCUCGGGAAGUGGGCACUUCUAAUGGCCGAGGCUUCUCUCGUCCCCCACAUUAUGGUGGGAUGCCCAACCAGGCACCCGUCUUAACCCAGAUGAGACCAGCAGUACCAGGAGCGUUUGGCCCUCUCCGGGGGUCAGAUCCUGCCAGUCUCUACGUCUCCUCCAGAGUCCCAGAGCCACACCCUGGAGAGCCCCUACAGCAGCCGUCUCUCGCCGGGCAGCCCCCAGUUGGAAUUAACAGCCACCGAGGACCCCGGCUCGGCACGCCUGAAGAGAAGCCAGUGUGUGGGGGACUAGCUCGCCUUCCUAACGUGGCAGCACAUCCCGGAGCUGUGCAGCUUGGGCAGAUGAUGGGCCCCACUCCUGAUGGAAACAUCUAUCCCCCAGCUCAAUUCCAGUCAGGAUUUGUUCCGCCCAGACACAGUGGGGCUCCAGCCCGACCUCCUGACUUUUCAGAAAGCCCAGAAAUCUCUGCCAGUCACAUGUACCGAUCGUAUAAAUACCUGAACCGAGUACACUCUGCCGUCUGGAAUGGGAGCCACGGUGCUGCCAGCCCUGGGCCCUUGGUGCCAGAAGACAGGUCCCCACUGGGGCCCGGGCCAUCCCACCAGCCUCGGGCUCUUGGUCACAUUAUGGAUUCACGAGUGAUCAGACCACCCCUCCCGUCAAACCAGUGGACUGAACAGUCAAGCUUUCUACCUCAUGGAGUUCCUUCCGGGUAUAUGCGACCACCCUGUAAAUCUGGAGGACAUCGGCCACAGCCUCCCACCCCAGCACCAGCUUCGCUCUUCGGAGCACCCUCCCAGGCGCUGCGGGGUGUGCAGGGCGGGGACUCCAUGAUGGACAGCCCCGAGAUGAUCGCCAUGCAGCAGCUGUCUUCCCGAGUCUGCCCGCCAGGUGUGCCUUACCAGCCCCGACAGCUGGCCCCACCCCAGCUCCCUGGCACCUUCCCACAAGCGGCUCCCUCCACAUCUGCGGGUGUGUCAGCCCCCAAGCCUGCCUUGGGGAACCCUGAGAUGGCACAGGACAACAGUGAAACACGCGAGCCUGAGAAUGACAGAGAUUCUUUGCCUGGACUUCAGGAAAAGCCACUAAGUGUUGGUGCUUCGGAGGAGGUGUACCUCAAACAGCUACCUCACCCUGCGCCUCCUCUGCAAGCUGGCUGUACCAGGCAGAGAUCUCCGCCAGAGAGGGAAACGGAGGGGCCAGAGGUCAAAAGCGACUCCUCAGAAUCUGGAGACAACUGUAAAGUCACAAAGGGCAAGAACACCUGGCACUCGGAGCAGAGUUACUCCAGCCCCGCAACCCAGGAGUGUCUGAGAGACCUCUCCGCCCUGGCAGAUCGAGGGGCUCUCCCUGAAAAUGGAGCCAUUGUCGAGUCCAGCCCUUGUGGAUCUGAGGCAAAAGGCCUUGGGAAUAGUGGCUCAGAAAAACCACUGUGCCCCAGAGGUAAAACACUGCAAGAGAGCAUGGCGGCCGCAGGCCAGAACCCAGCCACUCCUCCCAGCACAGACACCAGUUUGAUGGGAGGUGCCGUCAGCCAGUUCUCUCCCUUAUACAUGCCUGGCCUGGAAUACCCAAAUUCAGCCGCUCAUUACCACCUCAGUCCAGGCCUACAAGGUUUGGGUACUGUUAUGGGAGGUAAACCCUCCGCAUCACACCCUCAACAUUUUACCCCGAGGGGCUUUCAGUCGAACAACCCUCAUACUGGAGUCUUUCCCCGGUAUCGCCCUCACCAAGGACUGAGGUACUCCUAUCAGCCGCCCCCGCAGCACUCCUACCAUCACUAUCAGCGAACUCCUUACUACACGUGUCCACGGGGCUUUUCUGACUGGCAGAGACAUCUCCAGCCCCCAGGAAGCCCAGGUGGGCCGCCUCCUGCUCAGCCUCCCCCUCCAAGGCCCCCGUUCCAAGAUAAGAGCCCCGUGGCUAAUCUACAAGGCUGUGAGACACUGAAUGCUGCCUUAACUUCCCCGAGCCGCAUGGAUGUGGCGGCGACUAAGGUAGUCCCAGCUGAUGGCCAGAAUCCUGCGCCAGAGGAAGAAAAGCUGGAUGAGUCGAUGGAGAGGCCAGAGAGUCCCAAAGAAUUUCUCGACCUGGACAACCAUAAUGCAGCUACCAAGCGACAGAGUUCGCUGUCGACUAGUGAAUAUCUUUAUGGAACUCAUCCUCCACCUCUGAGUUCAGGCAUGGGGUUCGGUUCUUCCCCUUUCCUACCCCAUGGCGUGAUGCUGCAGACAGGGCCUCCUUAUACACCACAGCGGUCAGCUAGCCAUUUUCAACCCAGGGCCUACUCUUCCCCUGUCGCUGUCCACCCGCCUCAUCAUCCAGUGGCUCCCCAGCCCAAUGGCCUCUCUCAGGAGGGCCCCGUCUAUCGCUGCCAGGAAGAAGGCCUGGGUCACUUUCAAGCAGUAAUGAUGGAACAAGGUGGCACUGGAAGUGGAGUAAGGGGACCGUUCCAAGAAGUGUACAGACCGGCAGGGGCGCAGCUGCAGUCAGCCCUGUCACAGUCCUCGUUCCCAAAGACUCCAGCACCAGCAGCAUCACAGGAAGACCUGCCCCCACAGAAGCCCCCAACAAUUCCUCUGGACCAGAGUUAGUCUUAGGAGGAAAUGGCUCAGUAAAAUGGAAAGCUGCACAUGAAGACUGAAGAUGAAGGUGUGGGGCAAGAUCUCCCGUUGGUCUUCCUACGCGCCACCCACCGCAGCUCUCUGCAGCACAGCUCGUCCUGCCAUUCGGCUGCUGGAACCACUCCUGGAACCCUAGAAGCACACUCCCUCGAUGGCUAACAAAGCUUGCGAAGUCCCGGGUCAGGAUGGGUCAGCAUGGCUGAUGGACAGUCAAGAACAAAUGAAGUGGAAUUAGUGAUGACUUUUCCAAGUCAUGUUCAGGGGAAAUUCAUCCUUAAACUUGGGGAAAGGGGCAUAUCUAGGAAAGGAGUGGUGCUUUUAAACUUUCAUGAGCAGCUAAAAACUCAGGUAUAUAUGUGGGGAAGGGACUACUUGUAGUAUUAACAUGUUCAGAGCUGGGUCCAGUUUACAGAAUUUUCAUGUUGCCUUUAAAAUAAUUUUUGUUGUUGGUGGUGAAUGUAUUGUACAUAAAGAGGGAAAAGUGGGUGGAAUAUGGUAGAGGUGAAAAUCCUAACUCUGGUGGGCACCCAGCACUGGAGUGAUCCUUAUCUGUUUACAAUCAUGUCACACUGAAUACUUCGGGGAGCUGGAGAAGAGGGUGAGAAUGUUUUAAUCUUAAAAUGUCACUGUGCUUCGUCA